AUGGCAUCUCAGUCGGCUGAUGCCACAGACCAACCACGAACCAUCACACUGCUCCGUCAUGGCCAUGCCUGGAACAACAUGGUCUCAGGCUUCCCAUGCAGAGACCCAAUCCUGACGGAACGAGGACGGCGUCAGGCCGCAGCCGUCCAGCUCUCCCAGCCGCCCGACCUCAUCGUCGUCUCGCCCCUGACCCGCACCCUCGAGACGGCCAUCAUCGCCUUCGGGCCCCUAAUCCGCGGCGCCGGCGGCCCCAACGCCUCCGUGCCCGUUCAGGUCUGGCCCUCUCUGCGCGAGUGCGGCGACAGGCCCUUCAACCACUGCCGCACCCGCUCGCAGCUCGAGAGGCGGUACCCCUUCCUGGACUUCUCCGAGUGCAGCCGGUCCGGCGUCUACGACAACAGCAGCGAGCGAAGGGGCCACCGCCGGGCCCGGCGCGUGCGCAGGCGCUUGAUGGAGCUGUCGCGGACGUACAGCCACAUCGUUGUCGUCAGCCACCAGGGCUUCAUUCAUAGGCUGAACGGGGGCUCGGGGAGGUAUCGCAACUGCGAGUGCUGGAGCUAUAGGGUUGGCGUCGACUUUAGCAUCACGGAGGAUGGGGAACUUGCUGCUCCAUCGGGAUCCAAUGGCCCGACGCAGGUGGCGGCCGGUGAGGAGAGCGAGGUCAAUGAGGCGGACUGA